AUUUCAGUGAGGAAGGAGUUGUGAAGUUGAAAGAGAGAGUGAAGGUUAAGCUGAAGGAGUACAUGGGAGAUUACACUGAUGACAUUCUUGUGGAAUAUGUGAUAGUGUUACUUAAGAAUGGGAGGAGGAAAGAGGAAGCUAAGAAUGAAUUAAAGAUCUUUCUUGCUGAUGAUAGCGAUUCUUUUGUCUCCUGGUUGUGGGAUCAUCUAGGGGAAAGUGUGGAUGAAUACUUUACUAGUUCUCAUGUUGAGAAAACUAUGGUGAGAAGCUCAUUGGUAAGUAGUCAGAAUGAGGAUAAAGCACUUGUGCAAAUGGAUUCCGAAUCUGAGAAAGGACGAGCACCAUCUCGGCGCAGUAGACAGUGGAGAACCCAGCCGAAUGCUUCUGACGUUCCUCCUCUUCUGAGUUCUGAGGUUCACAAAGUUCAUAACUACGAGAAGGAAGAUCACAGAGAGAGACAUGGUAAAAGGUCCCCAUCUGAGCAGUCUCAUUCCCACAGGAAAAGGAGUAAAAUUGACAGCUCGCGGAACGAACAGAGGGAGGCUAAACCUGUUGUUUCUAGCCGUCUGCUUCAGUUUGCUAUGCGAGAUGCUCUGGGUACAUCAAAUCCCACUGAACCCUCAUUAAAACGUCUCCGCUCAGUGGUAUCCGCAUCGACUCAAGACUCAUCUGAACCGGACCCACCUCGGAAAACCCGAUCUGUAGCCAAGGCUGUGAAUCCCAUAGCCACUGUUAUGAAAGCUGUAUCCGAAGCAGCUGAAGAUGCCAAGAAUCCCAAAACUGGGAGAAGCGUCUUUGACAGAAUUAGCCACUCAACAGGCUUUCCUGAAACUUCGGAAGUUCCCCUUAAGAAUGAAGAACGUAGCGAAGAUCAGGAACCGGUACAGCAUCAAUACUCACAGCGUCUUGACAACAAUGGAGUGUAUGUUGAGAACAUGACGACUUUUGAAACUGGCUUGCAGCCAAGCAGACUCGGUCCAAGUGUCAAUGGGUCUUACUCGAGUUCUUCACUUGGGAACAGAAUUAACAAUCCGAAAAGUCUGCAGCAUCGAUUGGUCGAUGACCCCAAUAGAGUUAAAGGGACCAAUUAUCAAGAUCACUUUACUGAAGUUGGAACCAAGCAGAAGAAUGGAGGUUUCUCUGGCAGUGCAGAUACAGGGAAGACAGUGAAGUUAGAGGAGCAGAUGAAAGUACCAGGUGUGGGCCUGCAAAGAUAUACAUCUAGUGAAGCUAUCACAGAAUCAUCAACGGUGAAACCUGCUGCCAUUGCGAAAGAAGAAUCAUUGAUUAAGAAACCUGUUCCUGGGACAUUAUCUGCUAGCCGCCCUUUGGAAGAUGCUAGGUCUCGAACAAUCUUUGUCGCCAAUGUUCAUUUUGGUGCCACCAAGGAUAGCCUUUCAAGGCAUUUCAACAAGUUUGGUGAAGUGCUUAAAGCUGUCAUAGUUACAGAUCCAGCGACAGGGCAACCAAGUGGAUCAGCAUAUAUCGAGUUCACGCGCAAAGAGUCUGCAGAGAGUGCAUUAUCUCUGGACGGCACCUCAUUCAUGUCUCGGAUUCUCAAGAUUGUGAAAGGAAGCAAUGAACAACAACAGGAGGCUGCGUCGAGCAUGUCAUGGUCUCGAGCGGGAAGGUACGCAAGAGCCUCCUCACCUUACAGAAGAGGUAUCCCUGGUGGUGCAUUUAGGGGUCGUUCUGUUGUUAGAGGUGGAGCCAGGAGUAUGCAAUGGAAACGUGAUUCAGCUGAGACUGGCACCAACAGCGUUGCAGCAACUCCAAGUACUCGUAGUCUGACUUACGUCCGAACAGAUUCUCAAUCAAACGGAAAUGCAACAGCCUGAUGGGAUAAAAGAGAAGCAAUAAGAGCUUAGGAACAAAAAAAAGAUGAGUUUUAUCAUCUGCAUUAUCGGAUUUUUUCAUUUUGUUUUCUUCUCUAUAAUCAUACUCCUAUUGAUGACGUUUAUGGUUCAUUUUUUUUGUAUGGAUAUUAAAAAAAACAAUAAAAAUGUAUUUCAAGUAGCU